UCACCAUGUAUAUAAUCAUAAAAUGCGAAAGAAGCUAUAGAUUAGUAUCAUACUGAUCGUAAAGAGCGUUUUGAACUGAGCCGAGAUACGCGAAAAAGUAUGUGCAUCCCCUGGUGACAGACAUUGUAGUCUGUGACGAAGGAAUCCAAGCUUGUCGGUAUUCCUUGCUGUAUAAAAAGUUUAUUUAUACAUUCAUAUGCAAAUUUGUAAUGUUUUUGCAGUAUCAACAACUACAGUUAAUGCACUGAGUGAUUUUGCAGUAACAGUUUAAUCCGAAGAAAUUAAUAAGCAUAAAAUUUUUAUACACGAUCACGUAUUUCGUGUGCAAACUGUGUGUGAAGUUUGAGUUUUAACCUCGUAAAUAACACUUUGCGUUUGGCGGUAUAUUAGACAUUAAUUGAUUGAGGACGGAUAAGUGAUUUGAAAGACUUUGUAUCAAAUAUAGCAAUGAGUCCAUUAAAUCGAGGGCCUCUGCUAGGACCAAGAGUUCCACCGGCUGGUAUACGGCCUCCUCCACCUCCACGAUUUGGCGGUAGAUUACCACCUCCUGGUUUACCUCCAAGAAUGCCACCACCACCUAUAAAUCCUGUUUUUGGCCCAAUACGACAAAGAUUACCGCCACCACCGCGGCCAGGUGGAGUAAGCAGACCCAGUGGUCCAAUGCCACUAUUUGGUCCACGAGUCAGAGCUAUGGCCCCAAUGAUUCCACCACUAGGCUUGAGAGGUGCAGGACCUCGAGGACCAUUAAUGAGACCUUGGCAUAGAAGAGCAUUACCACCACAAAUUUUAUCUCAUAUGAGACCACGAUAUUCCAUAGGAAAUGGCAAUGCUAAAGGCAAAGCAUCAAAUAAUGUGAAAAAAGUCAACAAACUUGAAGAAUUAGAAUUGAAGAAGCCAUGGAUGACUGAUGAAAUUCGUAGUGAAAUACAAAAGAAAAAUAAACUCUAUGCUAAAGCUAAAAAAAAUAAAGAUGCAAAAGAAUGGGAAGAAUUUAAAGAUUUGCGGAACAAAGUAACAAGGAUGAUCAGAGAUGCUAAAAAUGAUUACCUUGCAAAACAUCCUGAACAGGCUCAUCUUUAUCCAAGCGACGAGGAACCUUAUGAUCAAAGAGAUAUAAAUGAUAUCAGUUCAGAGGAUGAUGAAUCGUUUUAUUGUGAAAUAUGCGAUAAAGAAUUUUCAUCAGAGGAUGCUCUUUCUGAACAUAAUGCAGAACACAAACUUUGCGGUAUUGAUGGAUGUACCUUUUCUGCUCAUCCAUUGCUUGUCGAAAAACAUAUUACAAUGCAACAUAGUAGUGGACUGUAUCAAAGAAUAAAAAAUCUGUCGACUCCUGAAGACAUUGAAAAAUGGAUAAUGGAACGGAAAAAGAGAUAUCCUACAAAAGUUAACGUCGAAUUACGAAAGGCAGAAGAAUUAGAGAAAGUACAAAGGGGGGAAGUAAUAAAAGAAAGUCAAGAGAUUACUAAAAAAGACAAUAAAAAAAAGAAAAUGGCACGCUCUCGCAAGAGAAAAAGAACAAUACAAAAACAAUCAAGUGAAAAUCAUAACAUACAACAAAGAGAAAUAUACAGAGGUUUACCUGAAUUUUGUGGAACAUUAAAUCUACGUAAUACUGAUUUACAAGUAGAAAGUCAGACUAAUGAAAUUAUUGAAAAUGUAAAUGAGGAAAAUAUUAAUUACAUUUCUGAUGAAGAGGAAAUACCAGCUUUAUCAGCACAACCUGUGGCACCUACUUUCAGCUUACCCAAUUUAGUAGCAAAUUAUGAAAGUUCUUCUGAAGAAAGUAAUGGCCCCUUAGAAGUACCAAUCAAGAGAGAAAAAUUGAAUGAUUCGAUAUCACAAGAAAAUGAUAUUAAAGAGACAAAAAAUGAAAUUAAUCAUAAUACACAAUUAUGUACGAAUACGCAAGAAUGUUCUGAUCUUAAGUUGCCAGUUGCUAAAAAUUUUAAGCCUAAAGACAAACAGAAUACAGAGUUAAAUCGACGCUUAAAAAAUAAAGAACAGAAACGUAAAAUAACUAAGCAACAACCAUAUACCUCACAAUUAUUACAAAAACUACUUUCACGAUCUAUACAGCAUGAAAGAAAUUUAAUUUGUCAAUGUGUAAAAUACAUAGUAAAUAAUAAUUUUUUUGACUGAUA